AUGGCAUUGUUCCUGGCGGAGAUGUCGCGGCUCCUGCAGGAACAACGCCGUCCGCUACCACCCCCCGUUCCAACACCUCGGACGGGGACAUUGCGUUUACAUGCCGAGAUUCCGAAAUAUUCAGGCAACGCGGAUAAAAAAUGGGUUGCCGAUUUUCUUGACGAAUUGCGUGAAUACCGGGCGGUGUCUGAAAUGUCUGAGGUUGAACUUCUAUCACGCGUACUACCGAUCGCCCUCACGGGAAGCGCCGCGACAUGGCGUCGGAGACAACCACCCUUUUCGACGCUACAAGACUUUUCGAAGCAGUUCAAAAAUGAAUUUCUGCCUCCCGAUUACAGCGCGCGAAUGCUCGAUGAGCUUAGGGCGCGCACUCAGCACCGCGACGAGUCCCUAGUCGAAUUUGUUCGGGCGCUCCAAACUCUGUAUGACAGGGCUGACCCUAGCGCGUCCGACUCAGACAAGGUGUCGCGGGCUAUGCGGCAAAGCCACCCGCAGUUUCACCCCUACCUGCGUGGGCGGGUGUUCCGGAGUUUGGACGAGUUGGCCCAAGCAGCCCACCAGAUCCAGGCGGACGUCCUGGCCGAACUAAGAUAUCGGCCUCCGCCACCGCCGGAGGCUUGCCUGGAACCGUCCUGCUGUCAUCUUGAAACCGCGCUGGACUCUGCCAUACUCGCUGCCUUCAACCAAGCUGCCGGUGCUGUGGCGACUGCUCUCGCCCACGUUCUGCUGCUUUUUCGUCGGCGGUCCUACUGUGCUGCUCUGCGAACCCUGAAACUGCAACGGACUCUGCCGGCGCAGGCGCACUUCUGGUGUCAUCUUGAAACCGCGCUGGACUCUGCCAUACUCGCUUCCUUCAACCAAGCUGCCGGUGCUGUGGCGACUGCUCUCGCCCAAGUUCUGCUGCUUUUUCGUCGGCGGUCCUACUGUGCUGCUCUGCAAACCCUGAAACUGCAACGGACUCUGCCGGCGCAGGCGCACUUCUGGGCAUCGACAGCAGAUAAGCGCGGUCGGUAA